AAGUCAAGCAGCUGAUCGGUUAGCACAAAUGAACUCGAAGUUCAUGGACUAUACCAUUCUCACCAGAACCUUCCCAUUGAGCGCAUGGACUUUUCUACUUGUGAAGUAACUCUGAAUCAAAUAAUUCCUUGGAUAUAAUUUGCGAAACAACUGUUUUAUUUUGGAAGUAUAAAAUAAAACUUUGCAAACGCUUGGAGGAAAAUAAAGUAAUAGUUAGUGCCUGUUGUAAAAAAAAAGUAAUACAUUUUUCAAAUAAAUUGAAAAUUGAGUGAAUUUCUUGAGAUUAUAAUUGACGGAUAUUAUCACGUGCACAAGAUUAUUCUUAUAGGCCAGGAUAUAGAGCCUUCAGUUAUGUGCGGACCUUUUUCUCUUGCAUAUUAAAAAUAGGUAGAAUAGAGAAGAUUAUUGCACGGAUUUAUAACCUCGAACUGUUUAUAAAAACUUGUUAAGAUUUGCAAUGGUGUGUGACGUCACAGCACAGCACUCUGGAGAACGCGACAACGCGUUAUUGGCUCUAGUCAUCGCUAGGAGACUCUCACCCUCAUAAAACACACACCUUGUGUUUGAUUGUUGUUGUUUUUUCCAAACUAGACUAACUACCACCUUAGCUACACAUUCGCUGUUUGUUUACAUUUUCUUACAAUUCUCUGGAUACCGCUCUCCUAUUUGAAUGUCAAGAAUGAACUCAGACUCGCGAAACGAUCCGAUGCUGUCGAGUAUUCAAAACGAAGAGUGGUUGAAGUUGUUAACCCGCUCCACGGAUUCGCCCAACGAAUUCGCCUCGCUCGCCAUGCUGCCCUGUUCGUCCAGCCCUUUCACUCUGCCCGUGGAGGGGCUCCUGAGCCCCGAGCAGGGGUCGUCUUUCGGCGAUUUUUGGUCAACGGAACGAAAGGAAAACUCGUUUGUGAAAACAGAAGUGGAGGAUAGUUUUCCUGAUUCGUCGUGUGUGGUGUCUAAUGAGGACAUGAAAGAAGAUGUUGUAGAUGAUUUGGUGAGCUGCGUACCCAUGCGGGAUGUCAAACAAGAGAUCGAGGAUAAUGACUAUGACGUCACAAUGACACCGUCGGGUGAGAGUUAUGACGAGUACGAGGAAGAGAACAGCUGUCAUCAAGCGAAUGACACCUGUCAUCAGGUGAAUGACAUCUGUCAUCAAAUGUCUGAAGCCGAAGCUCGAAAGUUCGUCGAGGAGCAAUUCCAGAAGAUCGCCUUCGUCCCGAGUUCAAAACUCAGCCAGCGGGAGAAAAUCUCGUACAUCCUCGCGAGAAGCGACUGCAAGGAGUUCACCGUGGAGAAUAUAUUAAACUUCGACAAGCGGAACGCCGAGUCCGCCCGAGCAUGCGCGAAGAUCGUCCAGAAUAUUCCCCAGCGGUACAGGUGGGACUGUGUGAGCCCCCGGGACAUCCCCUGCUGCUACACCAUCGUGGCCGACUGCAAGAAGGUCUCCUCCCGGGAUAAACCUCCCCGGCCCAUGAACGCUUUCAUGAUCUGGGCCCAAGGCGCUCGCCGGCUCAUCAAUGAACUGUGUCCCAAAAUGCAGAACGCCUUAAUCAGCGAAGCUUUAGGGUACUACUGGAGACAGAAGAGCGAUGAGUUUAAGAAACAGUUUGAAGAGGAAAAGAUCAAAUUAAGACAGUUUCAUAACGUGGAGUUCCCCGCUUACAAGUACAAACCCAAAACGAAAGUACAAAAAGCUAAAGAGAAACAGGAACUCUCGUUGACGCGGGCCAAAAUGCGAGCUACGGUAAAACGCGAGAAGCUGACGCGAGGCGUGGAAGAUUCCGAGCUCUACAAACGUCGAGCCAACUCAAAAAUAGGUCGGCCUAAGAAGCUGGCGGAUACAAGGAUGGCGGGUUCUUCGGAGAAGACCCGUGGUCAAAAUGAGGCUUCCAUGGCUGUGUGCAACUCGCCUUCUAAACCAGGGAUAAAAGACAUGUUGACUUUGAAAAUCAUGAACGACAAACGUUUAAAGUCUGAAGUCAGCUCUAAUACUUACAGCAAGGUUCAGUCCGCAUUUGGACAACUGAGUCCUAUAGAAGUUGACGGUCCCGGUGUAGGCGUGUUUGACAACAUAAACAUCAUGAACACAACAGAUCCAGGUCGUGAGGCGGACGUUGACCCCCAUGUUAAAGCAAUGACGCCGUCUGUCUACGACACCCCGGCCAACACCCCUCCUCUCAGUGACGAGCUCCACCACUCUCCCAGCCAGCCCCUCCCCACGCCAGCAUCGCCCCUGCCCUCUAUACCACCCAGCUCGCUGUAUAGCCCAUCCGCCAUCUCGCCAUCCAAACCAGCAUUCAAGCCAUCCAUCAGUUCCAUCCUCAGUGGUCACUCCACCGGCCACUCCACCGGUCACUCCACCGGUAACUCCACCGGCCACUCCACCGGUAACUCCACCAGCAAUGCUCAGAAUCUCUUCCCCUCCCAAGUCAUCGUCCCCAGUGCCUUGAGAAUACAGACCAAAUCAGACCAAGACUACAUCAUCACGUUCCUCUCCGAGGCCACGCCCCCCACCAAAUCCUCAACUACCCCUUCCUCUUUCAAACACACCGCGCUCAGCGACACCAUCGACGCCAACAAUAACGACAGCGACUUCAACAACAACCACAUGUCCAACGGCAACCACCUCGCGAUGGACAACCACAGCAACCCCAGGUUCAACUUUCUGGAACCCACUGACCUAGAUAGCCUGGCACUAGACCUCAACCUCCCCCUGCUCAGCGAGGACGAAAUGACGUCAUUGCUUCACAGUCUACAAGGACAGUUUAUGUCCUAGACUACCGUAUGUGAUUAUGUAUAUGUUGACACAGGAUCUACCUCGUACUGGCGACACACAGCAUAAUCUACACAUCUUCAGUACACACCCUCCCAACACAGGGGAUUAUUACACGUGUGUACACGUCAUAUAUAGGUCAGUUCGUGAUACACAUUUCUUUGAAAUCCACACUGACCUAACAGUGAUAUUAACAAUAUAUUUCUUUCCGUUGUGAUUAUGUUGUAUAUUUUUAUGGUUAUGUAAUACGACAAUUCCAAGAUAAGGUUUUUGGAGCGUUUUUAAACAUAUACGAACGACCUAUAUGGACUUGUUUCUUGUGGUGCUUACGAUUGUAAAAAAGAAAAAAACUAAAAGAAAAAAAUCAAAACUUGGUUAUUACAUUUUAAUUGCUAACAGUGUUGUAUUCGUUACCAUGGUGAUAAUACUUUCCUGCCUAUACGCGCUGGACUUAAAGAUUAUAUUUUUUCCUCUCCACAAUGAAGUAGAAGAAGAAAAAAAAACAUUUUUACAAUUGACUUUUAUGAUCGUUUAUUGUGUAAAUACUUCUAUACAUCUUUUGUGUUCAGAUAUUUCUCAUGUUACUAGACUACAAAAUAUAUAUUCAUGUAUAACUCUUG